AUGACUGCGGACGCAGCGGCUCCAAGCGCGGGAGCCGCGCGGCGCGUGGGCGCCCGCGUCGCGGUCGGGGGCGACCUCGGCACCGUCCGCUACGUCGGAGAGGUCGAGGGGCAGACGGGCGAGUGGCUCGGCAUCGAGUGGGACGACCCAAGCCGGGGCAAACACAGUGGUGCAACAGGAGGGAGGCAGUACUUCGAAUGCGCCGUGCGCGGGGCGGGGUCGUUCGUGCGCGCGGCCAAGGUGCCCCCUGGCCAGGAGUUCUUCCAGGCGCUGUACAAGCGCUACGUGGCAGACGACGACCAGGGCCCCGCUCCGGACGAGCUAUUCGCAAAGACAGCGCGCGGCGACGCCAAGGCGAUUCAGCUGGUGGGCGCGGAGAAGAUCAUGAAGCAGCAGGGGCAGCUCGAGAUGCUCUGUCUCGUCGCCCUCGGCGACGCCAACAUCGACAAGGUGGGCUCCACGGACGCCAACAUGCGGAAGCUCACCGAGGUCCACCUGCCGGGGAACCCGCUCACUGGCUGGGAACCUGUGGCUGCGUUGUGCAAGGCGCUGCCAGCGCUGCAGGCCCUCGACCUCUCGCGCACCCGGCUCGGCGUUCCCGCGCCAGCCCUGGCGCUCGACCUCCAGAAGCUCCGCACGCUCGUCCUGAACGCGUGCAACCUCACGUGGCCCGAAGUCGAGGCCGUCGCCGCCGCCGUCCCGCUCCUGCAAGAGCUGCAUCUUUGCAGCAACAGCCUCACGUCGCUCGAGGGCCCGGCGCGCGGGGCCGGCGCGCUCGCGGCGUUCGACAAGCUCAAGCGCCUCGUGCUCGACCGCAACCCGCUGCACGACUGGGCCGAGGUGGCCCGCCUCGGCACGCUCCCGUCGCUGGAGCACCUGCAGCUGAACGACACCGCGUUGACGCACGUCGGGCGCGCCGAGGGCGACGCCGCGUUCCCCGCGCUGCGCGCGCUCCUCGUGGGGAACACGAAGGUCAGCGAGUGGGGGAGUGUCGACAACUUGAACACGUUUCCGUCGCUGGUGGAGACGCGGCUGUCGGGGACGCCGCUCCUGGCGGCAGCGCGCGGGGGCGGGCGGUACGAGGUCAUCGCGCGCGUCGCGCGCCUCGUGACGCUGAACGGCAGCGCGGUGCGUGCGAGCGAGCGCCGGGACAGCGAGAUCCGGUACCUGCGCGCUGUUGCCAUGGAAGCGGCGGGGCACGCCGGGGACGCGCCGGAGGCCGGGGUGCUCGCGGCGCACCCGCGGUACAAGGAGCUGGUCGGGGUGUACGGCGAGGUGGCGGGGAUCGGGGAGGGGGAGUCCGGGGGGGGGUCUGCGGCGCCCGAGCGCGGGGUGGGUCUCGUGGACCUGGUGCUGACGAGCGUGGCGGCGGGCAAGGGCGCCGUGAUGGGCUCGAAGCCGAUGAAGCUGCCCGCGGGGACGUCGCUGGGGCAGCUCAAGUUCCUCGUCGAGAAGCUGUUCAAGAUCCCCGUCGCGCGCUGCGCGCUGUUUCUGAAGUCCCCCGGGGCCCCGAUGCCGGAGGACCUCUCGUGGGGCGACGACGCGACCAUCGGGUGGGCGGGCGCGACGCCCGGGUGCGAGAUCCUCGCGGACGACGUGGACCCCGAGGAGCGGAAGCGGCGGCGCGCGGCGGAGGCCGCGGAGGCGGCACAACGGCGCGCGCAGCUGGAGGAGCAACAGCUCGGGUUCGGGGACGGCCUGCGCGCCGCGGAGCGCGCCAACCUCGGGAUCUGA